AUGCGGGGGAAGCAUUGUUUUCGUGGUUUGGAUCCCGAGUCAGGCCAUACGUAUUUGCAGACGCCAGCGCCUGUUGUUGUAGUUGAGGAUAACACAGUUACACUGUUAAAAGGGCGAUUAAAAAUGAAAUCGAAAUUUUGUAGGGAGCCUUACACACAGGUUUCGUCGACGGAACCAUUUAAGAACAGAAAAUGGAAAAAACCGCAGAAGUCUAAUAAUGUAGAAAAAAGACCAUUACUAUUGGACGGUUAUCUGGAUAGUGAUGUUGAAUUUUGGAAAUUGUGGGGAAAGAACAUGGGAGCGGUAUUUUUGGAGCAUAGACUUUUAAGAGGUAUUGAGAUGAAUUGGGAAAUUUGGUCAAGUUUACUUGGUAUUGGCUCUAGAUGGUUGCUCUCUGAGGAAAUAAAGUCGUCGGCUGGUAAGUGGACGAUUAUUAAUCCUGAAGGAACAACUUUGGAAUCUGAGAAACAAUGUUAUUUGAGGCGUGUAGCAGCCGGGAUGGUUGAUGGACCACAUUGGAAGGAUAUUGAUCAGGUUUUAAUUCCCAUCAACAUACCGCACCCGCAUUGGUAUUUGGCUGAUUUUGAUCUCCUUACAUGGAAAGUGAGCAUAUAUGAUUCAGCCGAAUGGUGUGGUUUCUUUAAAAGAUAUGUGGGUGACAGUAGUUUCAAGUUGUUGGGAGAUAGUAUAUUAAGUGAACUUGACCACAUAUUAAGUUUAUACCAAUUAUAG